AGCCUGGGAUUUAUGACGCGCUUUCACCAGUAACUGGGAAUGUAAAAGGAGGCAGCAUAGUUUUGUUUGUCUGAAAGUGACGUUUCACUGCCGCCCAGAUCUAUAAAGACAAAAUGUGAUUCACUUUGAAAUCCAUUCCUGAGAUGCAAAUGAUUCCCCUAUGCUGGCGUAAGGAAUACUGCACGGAAACUUUGGUUCAUUUACGGGAUGAUGUGUUCAAUGACUCCACGGUCUUCACAUUCAUUCUCACGGGAAAAUAACUCUUAAAGAAAACUUUUCUCACUGAAACUGCUUAUCUGGAAAUAUACAUAUAUUUUUGUCCUUGGCAAUCUAACCAUGGCACUUUAUGUAGAAGGUCUGAGUGGAAGAUCGGCCCACAAAGGCAUGGCUCAGUUUCAGGAAAUGAUGCGCCAGCAGCUGGAGAGCUCCAUGGACGCCGAGCUGGAGAAACUGGUGGACACGGUCACAGGGGCCGACAGAGACGUCUGUAAGAAGGACUUUGAGGGUUUCAAGAACCUCUUCCACAGAUUCCUGCAGGUUAAAGGUCCGUCUGUGGAGUGGAUCAAGAUCAAGAGGCCUCCAGAAGACUCGAUCCAGCCCUACGAUAAGAUCGCAGCAAGAGGUCUGCCGGACAGCGUGGCCGACAGCCUGAACAAGCUGGUGGUGGUGAAGCUGAACGGAGGUCUGGGUACCAGCAUGGGGUGCAAGGGCCCCAAGAGCCUGAUCAGCGUCCGCAACGAGAACACCUUCCUGGAUCUCACCGUGCAGCAGAUAGAGCAUCUGAACAAAACAUACAACACCGAUGUUCCUCUGGUCCUCAUGAACUCCUUCAACACAGAUGAAGACACCAAGAAAAUCCUGCAGAAGUACAAUCACCACCGGGUCAAGAUCCACACCUUCAACCAGAGCAGGUAUCCCCGCAUCCACAAGGAGUCUCUCCUCCCCGUAGCUGCUAAUCUGAACGUCACGGGCCAAAACGCGGACGGCUGGUACCCUCCCGGUCACGGCGACAUCUACGCCAGCUUCUACAACUCGGGCCUGCUGGACCAGCUGAUCAAGCAGGGAAAGGAGUACAUCUUUGUGUCCAACAUAGACAACCUGGGAGCCACCGUGGACCUGCACAUCCUGCACCACCUGGUCAGCCAGCCCAACGGCAAACGCUGCGAGUUCGUCAUGGAGGUGACGGAUAAGACGCGCGCUGACGUCAAGGGAGGCACCCUGAUCCAAUAUGAAGGAAAGCUUCGUCUCCUAGAGAUCGCCCAGGUUCCCAAAUCUCAUGUGGACGAAUUCAAGUCGGUUUCCAAGUUUAAGAUCUUCAACACCAACAACCUUUGGAUCUCUUUGCCUGCCAUCAAGAGGCUGCAGGAACAGAAUGCAAUGGACAUGGAGAUCAUCGUCAACCCAAAGGUGAGGGAGGAGGACAUGAAACACUUUGUUACUCUGGUCCCAUUGGUCUGCACUGGACGGCUUUAGCUAAAGCCAAUCAUA